UAAAUAAUUCGUGUGCUCAAAGGUCACUAAUAAAUUUAACUAAAAUGUUUGACAGCUCAAUGAAAAAUUACAUUAAAUUUAUUACUGUUUAUAUUUUUAUUCAAAUUUUAACCAGGGGUUCAAGUGCCGAUUCCCUCCAUUAUUUAGAACCUGGAGAUUCCAUUGAAAAUUCGGCACCUGGUUUACGGAUUUUCUGUCACAAUGCCAAGUCAAAAUAUUUUAUUCACACGUGGAGGACACUUAUUAUGAAUUUACAUACAGAUCUUGAUACUUACGAUCUGUAUGAUGGAAAAACACCAACAGAAGUUAUGGAAAAACAUGAUAUCAAUCAACGGUCAUGGAAGUUUAAUUGGUUUGGUACAAAAAAAAGUAAAGAGUUACGAAUAAAUCCAUUCGAAGAUACUUGUAUCGGAGUAUUUACUUACCCAUACAAUAAUUAUCGUUACAAAAUGUCUAUGACUUUAAUAAAAAUCGAUUCAUGGAAAGUAUUGAUGACCAUUGGCGGGAUUGUAUUGUUUUGGAGCGCUAAAAAAUUAAGUAGAAAUACAUUAUUUUAUUAUUUAACUGGAGUUACAUUGGGUGUUAUGUUUUCAGUUUUGAUAUUAGUUUGGUUUGUUGGUAAACUACUGGGUCGUGGAAAAAGCAUGUACUUGAUGAUUGGAACCGGCUGGGCAAUGAGUUCAUGGCUUGCUCGAGCUCUCUGGGAAAAUGCUCAAAUUAUUUUACAUCAGUACAAAGAUUAUGUUUUUUGGUACUUUUUAGUAACAUCUUUGAUAAGUUUUCUUGUUUGCUAUAGAAUUGGACCUGUCACUAAUGAUAGGACUAAGAAAAUUAUCCAGUGGUUUUUACAGGCUUCUGGAUUGUUGAUAAUAUACUGCAGUAGUUAUUUCACUGAAGCUUCAUUAUCAUUUUGUGUAUUAAAUUUUGUAAUCUACAAUUUCCCCGUCGCCGUUUAUCACAAAAGUAAAAGCUACUGGAAAAAAAUGUUUCCUGAACGCCGGAAAUUAUUGACGGAGGACGAGUUCCGACUCCAAGCGAUUAGAGAAACUAACAAAGCUUUGGAUGAUUUAAAAGGAUAUUGUUCAAGUCCUGAAUCAAAUCCAUGGAAAACUGUAUUACGAUUGAAAGAUCCAAUCAGGUUUGCUAAAUUUAUGGAAGGCGACUCACAUUUAUCUGAACUCGAGACCUCUGAGCAUGAUUUAGAAAUAACGAGAUUAAUUGAAGAAUGCGAAUACACUGAAGAUGAAUAUGACGAGGAUGAUUAUUAAAUAUUGUAAUUUUCUAUGACAAUGAAAAGAAAAAAAUUCAGUAGAUUUUUUUUUUUUUUUUUUAGAUAAAAUAAUAAAUAGUCCCAUGUAAUUUUUUAUAUAUAUAUUAUAAAAAUUUAUCAUCUCAAUUAAAAUCAUGUUAAAUGUUGUACAUAAUUAUCAUUUCUCAUUAAUCAAUUUAUAAUAAUAUUUAAUUAAUUGUUAAACGAAAAUAAAUAAAAAUAAGUAUUU